UAAAGCAAAACCGUAUCCAGACGCCGAACCGGGUUGACCCAGUUCUCUUCUCUUCCUCGAAACCUUAAAAGGUAAACCCUAAAUUCCCCAAAUCCCGUCACUCAGCAUCGACAUCCCGCAGAAAUCUCAGGUUUUGGUUGCUCUAAUGGACGGAGGAGAUCAUUCCGCUUCAGGUACUAAAAGAAGCUUCGAAGACGAUGAAAGUGAUACCUCCGUGUCAAAGAAGCGUUGCACUUGCACGAAAGUGGAUGAAGAAGCUGCGAUGAUUGUGUCACUCACAGAGAGUCUUCAGAGCUGUAAAGAUGAGCUUGCUUCAUGUCAAAGUGAGCUUGAAUCAGCCAAAGCAGAGGUUGAUAAGUGGAACACAGCGUUUAAGCAAGAGUCCUUUGUACCUUCUAGAAAAUCUCCUGAACCUCAAUUUGUGAUUGACUACAUCCAAACUCUGAAAUCUUCCGAGAAGUCUUUGAAAGAAGAGUUGGAAAUUGCACAAAUGAAGUUAGCUAUCCGUGAUCUCAAAUCUCAACUCAAGCCAGAGUCAAUGAAGUUACAGACAGAUGAGGAUCCAGAAGUCGACGGCGAGGAGCAAGGAUCGACCCCCGCUGGCACCUCACGUAUGGCAUAUCUCGAGGAUGAGUUGCGUGCGGCAAAUACGGUGAUCGCAGAGAUGAGGGAGAUUCAGGCCGUGAGGGUGGAUGCACUGGAGAAAGCCCAGGCCACGCAUGCUAAGGAGUUCGAGUAUCUUAAGAACAACUUGCUGACACUACAACAAUCCCCACGCUUGGUUCUUACGGCCGCACCUGAGAAUGCUGAUGCGCAGAAGUAAUCUUAUUAUAUUUUCGCAUUAUAGUUUGAGUUUGAACUAAUAAUGUAAUCGAAGAAAACAUAAUGAUUUUCUGUAACCACCGAUUAACUGAAAACGGUUUAAUAUUAUGCUGCCAAAUCAUUGACACAAA